AUGCCCAACUCGGCCACCUCGACGCCACCACCUCGAUCACCCCCACGAUCGCCGCCAAACGCUAGCACGUCUCCGAAUACGAUGUCCACCUCUCCGAAACUAAAUGCGAACAGCGGCGGCGCGCUGAAACGCAAGGCCGGGGCGGUGGACAGCGACGCCGACCCCGAGAGCGAGGACGAGCUCCUCGACCACGACGCACAUCCUUCCGCCACACCGCGCCCGCACUCCUCCCACUCCUCCGCGCGCUCCAACAAACCUCCCUCCUCAAAACCUCCGUCCUCAAAACCUCCGUCCUCGUCCUCCAACACCAAGAACGCGGUCGGCAAGCCCGCUGCCGCGAAGAAGGAGUCGAAGGAGGCCUCCGAGAAGGGUGCGGCAGCGCGGAACGAGUACCAGGACGGGCACAUCGUGUGCGAGGGCUGCAAGCGCCAGGUGCCCUUCCGCGACGACGCGCCCCACGCAGAGGGCGCCUUCACGGUCAGGCUCUGGGAGAAUCAUUUCAAGACUUGGAUACAGGAGAUAGGAUACAGGAUACCACGUGUCAUCCCUAAUUCGGGAGAGGUCCUCGAGAUAUGGAACGUAGUGCUCACGUCUCGCCACAGCACCGCCAUGUCCGCCUCCUCCGCCUCCGCCUCACACCCACAAUCACACUCGCAAUCACACCCGCCCUCGCACGCACAAACAACCCCGCACGCACAGUCGCGGCCGCGGUCUCCAAUAUCAAGCGGCGAGAGGAGCGAACGAGAGAGAGAUCGGCACGAGCGGGAUAUAGAUAUGGACACGGACGCGGACCCGGACAUGCACGAUGAAGAGAUGCACGACAGAGAGAUGCGGGAGCCCCGCGGACCUCGCGAGCUGCACACUCGGGGGCAAACUCGGGGCCAGAGAGACCAGAGAGACCAGAGAGACCAAAGGGAGGAGAGAGAUCAGAGAGACCAAAGGGAGGAGAGGGAGCCCGCCCGCGCACGCGUGUCGCGUCCGCGCAGGGGCAGUGAACGGAGCGGGAAUGGACUUGGGGGAGUAGGUGCAAUUGGGGGAUCAGGUGGACCUGGGGGAGUAGGGGGCGCAGGUGGACUUGGGGGAUCAGGUGGGCUCGGGGGAUCAGCACACCCGUCGCUCGCCGCACUCGCGCACCAGGCGCACCACCCGCCGCAUCCGUCGCUCCCUCUGCCCGCGAUGGCGCCGCACGCCGCCCCUCAUACACACGCACAUACACAUGCUGCUGCCCACGCGAGUAUGUCUACACAUGCGAGUCCGGGCUCCCAUUCACAAACGACAAAUCCCGCGCACCCCUCCCACUUCUCUCACCCCACCCCCCAACCCACGCACCCUAAUAUAAACACCAACACCAACGCCCCCGCGCACCCCGCCCCCAAGCGCCGCCGCGCCAAGCGCACCGAGGACGAGCGCAUCGCGUACCUGCGCGCAGACCCGUACAUCGCGGCCUUCGAGCCGUACCGCGUGCUGUGCGCGUCGUGCGACAAGUGGAUCCGCCUGCGCCCGAACAGCACGUACUGCAGCAUCCCGUGGGACGCGCACCGCAAGAGCUGUCUGAGUAAGAAGGGAUCGACGAAACACCUGCAACACCUGACGGUCAACGCGCCCUCGCAGACGCAGACGGGCUACCCCCCGCGCUCCGCGAGCCACGUGCACCUCACCGCCUCCACCUCGCACCCCAACUCGCACCCCAACUCGCAUGCGCACGCCCAGUCAUCGUCGCGCAACUCCCCGUCGUCGACGUCCGGUAUCAAGGCCCGAUCGCCUGCUGGCGCCUCUAGCGGUCGCGCAGACGCGCAGUCCGCACGCGCGUCCCGGGGGCGCGAGCGCGGACCCAACACGCUCAACACACUCAACACCAUCGACACCACCAUCGACACUCCCAUCGACACUUCCCCCACAUCCACCCCCACUCACACACCAAGCUCAAUCGCCCGCGCCGUCGCCCGCGCGCUCGCGGCCCUCCCGUGCGCGCUGCCGACGACGGCGGAGGCGCGGAACGCGCUGUUCGCGCGCGACGCGGGGGCGCGGAAGUGGGACGCGGAGCGCGUGCUGUGCGCGGGGUGUGACCGGUGGGUGGAUAUUGUGGACCCGGGGACGCUGUUGCGGGAGCGGGGUGGACACGGCUUGGGCUCUGGUGUGCAGCAGCAAAACGGACGGUCUCGGGCUGUGGGGAAAGUGGUGAAGUCGACGGGUGUGAAGAAGGAGAGUAAGGAUGUUAAUGAUGAGGACGAGGACAUGGAGGGGGGAGAUGCAGAAGCAGAGGGUGAAGAAGACGCAGAAGGGGACGCCGAGGGCGAUGAAGAAAGAGAGGGAGGAGCAGGAGGAGCAGGAGAAGGGGAGGAGAGAGAAGACGGGCAGGCGGAGGACCCGUACGAGCGCUGGAUUCGGCAUCGCGAGGCGUGUCGGGCUGAGAGCGACCUCUACGCGCGGCACCUCCCCCCCUCCCACCCCUCUCACCCCUCCCACCCCUCUCUCUCCACGCACCCAGCAAACCACACCAACGGCCAACGCCCCACCUCCUCGCACUCGCACUCCUCGCGCCCCUCCACCCAGCAAUCCGGCUUCUCGACGUUCUCCGCCGCCUCGGCGUCGAGCGCGGCGACGACGCGUCCGGGCACUGCCACGGCUACCGCAGGAGCGAAUGGGAGAGCGAGGGCGCGGGGCUUGUCGGUAAGCUGCAACGAGACGAAGUACGCCACGCACGGUAGCAGUGCGGCGUAUAGCGACGACGGAAGGAGAGGGGAGAGAGGACACUCCGGCUCGCGCUCGCGCUCGCCGACGAGCCCGAAUGACCGAGGCGGUCGUGAUAACGGGAGAGAGGAGAACGAGAACGGGAAUGGGGACGGAGAGGGCGAGUCGCCGACGUCUGCGACCGCUAGCUGGGGCUACGCUGCGCACCAGCCGAACGCGCAUGGGUAUGCGUAUAACCCGCACGCCGCUCACCCUUCGCAUUCCUCCCACCUCAUCGCACAACACCCCAACUCCAGCCAUCCCAACCACACCCCUCAUCCUGCUGCCCCGUCGCAUGAGUCGCGGCGGCGCAACGCCGAGCAGCGCGCCUCGACGCUGCGCUCCGACGCGCUCAUCGGGAAGGUCGAGCCCAAUCGCGUGUUCUGCAAACUGUGCGAGAAGUGGGUGCAGCUGCGGCAGGACAGCUCGUACUGCGCGUACCCGUGGCUGCAGCACCGCGGCAAGUGUCUCGCGAGGCAUCAACGGCGGAUCGAGAAGGAGGCCGCUAUCGCCGGUUUGCGUGCAAGGCGCCAUUCUGGGGGCCCGGGGCGCGGGAUGGGCAGCGGCAUGGGUAUGGGUAUGGGUAUGGGCAACGGCAUGGGAAGCGGCAUGGGCGUGGGGCAGGAGUUCGACGAGCUCGCCUCGGACGCCGAUGCAGACGCCGACGCCGAUGGGGAGGUCGAUGCGGACGGGGACGUGGACCCCUCUGUUAUGAUGGAUGUGUCUGCUGCUAACGGACGACAGGAGGGACAUAGGGAGAGGGAUGGGGAGGGCGAGGAUGGGGAGGGUGAGGACGAUGAUCUGGAUCUGGAGAGCGAGGAGGGUGUCGAGGGGAGCGUUGAUGGGCGGGGAGACGAGCAGGCGAGAAGGAGGAAGAGGAGGCGGAUGAGCAACGGGAUGGGUGUCGGCGUUGGCGCUAAUGGAGUGCCCAGAGGCGCGAACGGGAAGCAUGUGUCGAGGCAUCCACUUACGAGGGGGGCGAUGUACGGCAACGGCAACGGCAAUGGGACCAUGAACGGUGGCGGGCCGAUGAUGAUCGACGAGCUGGACGCCGAAGGCGAAGACGACGUCGACGCGGAGGGCGAGCCGUACUCGGAGGACCAGAUCGUCCGGACGUACUCGCCGCAGCACCAUCAGCUCCUUCACGCGCAACAGCAGCAUGGGAACGCGCACAUGCAGUAUCAGCAGCAGCAGCGACGUCCACAGUACAGUCGCCGGCAAGGAGGGCAGGGAGGGCAAGGGCAAGGUGCGAGGAUGAGUGCGGGGAGAGGCGGAGGAGGAGGAGGGUAUUCGAGACGCGGGGGUCAGCCUGUUGGGUUGGCUGAUCUGGAUAGUUUGCCUGGUCGUCGCAACUUCAUCUUCCUCGCCAUUGACCACCUCUUCUGCACGACGUACGAGAACUCGGACGACAUGACCAUCUCCUCCCUCCUGACCUACCUGAACGCGGCGAUGCCACCCGACAAGCACGAGGACUUCGACACGUCGGAGGUCGUGAAGGCCGUCGCGGCGUUCAAGGAGAAGGGCAAGGUCAUCUUCGAGGGGGAUACGUUGAGGUUGGUCGAUUGA